CCUGUCGUGCGCAUUGGUCCAAAUGAGCUCUCGUUUGCCACAGAAGGUGCCCUCAAGACGAUCCAUAACCCCGGUCCCGACGGUGGUCACUUCACGAAGCAGGGCACGAUUGAGUCUCUGCUAGCGAAACUCAUUUGGGCAGCGCCGAACCUUUUGACCACCACCGAUAGAACCGCAAGCAAGAGACUACGUACGGCAUUGCAACCAGCUUUCACAGCCAAGGCGUUGAUGGAACAGGAAGAUAUUGUUCAGCACCACGUCAAUCGGGCUGUCGAGUCGCUAGGUUCUAAGCUUCAAGAGGAUGAGGUUGUGAGUAUCAGCGACCAUGUCGGAAAGAUGAUUUGGAGUAUUGUUGGAGACUUGUCUUUCGGAGAACCGCUCCUCCAUGACCAAAUGAGUAGGUACAACGUACGUCUUGUGCAAAAGUCUUCGAGCUAA